AUUGUUUACAUCUGCUUUGCCGUCACCACUCAUCUCACCAAUUACCAGACUAAGAAAUUAAAGUUUAAAUAAUAUUUUUGCAGUGCCUCCAUGGCUGCGUAGAUUAACAUAUAUAAUUUGCUCACAGCGCACAUUAAGAUCUAUCCAUAUAUUACGAGGACUCACCAUUCCGGUGAUGCUCCGUGUACUCUGUGCACGCCACAGACCUUGGUUACUGACGACACUCUCCUUAUCCUACGCCCACGGCUCGGUGGCGGCGCCAUACGACCGGCUUGUUAGGAGUUCAGUGCGUCCAGUUGUCGCCGGCGGAGAACGAAGGGAUCAUUUGUUCAACUGUCCGACGAGUUGCACCGGCACUGCUUCGAUAUGGCAAGCGAUUUUGCCCUCAGGGUGGAGGCAGCGGCGGCGGGCGAUGAUGUUGUGUCGACGCGAGCACGAGGGGUUGAAGAGUGGUGAGGGGUCAUGGAACGUGGCUUGGGAUGCGCGGCCAGCGCGCUGGCUACACCAUCCUGAAUCGGCUUGGCUCCUCUUUGGCGUCUGCCCGCUGCUCGAUUUUAAUUCCGAUGUGAACUGCAAAGUCUCAGUACCUGCCGAUAACAGCGCUGAUGGCUUCAAAACAAAUGCUAUAAUUCCUGAUUCGACUAAUCCUGGCUCUUCCAAUUACAGAGUCACAGGGGUGCCAGCGGACGGGAGGUGUUUAUUUAGAGCAAUUGCACACAUGGCAUGCUUGAGAAAUGAAGAGAAGGCUCCUGAUGAGAAUCGCCAGAGAGAGCUUGCAGAUGAAUUAAGAGCUCAAGUUGUUGAAGAGCUUUUAAAGAGGCGAAAAGAAGUGGAAUGGCGAGUGUUUAUCGAGGAAGAUUUCGAUGCGUAUGUUACAAGAAUUAAGCAGCCUUACGUAUGGGGUGGAGAACCAGAAUUGCUGAUGGCUUCUCAUGUUCUUAGUUCAAAUUGGAACCCUUCCAAAUCGACAUACCAUCAAAAUGCCAUUUCAACACUAGAAUAUGAAAAUUCUGGUUUUUUGGUUGCAGGACUCCAAUUUCUGUCUUCAUGAUAGAGGGAGGCACGGAUAGUUUAAUAAAAAUAGCAAAUUAUGGUGAAGAGUAUAGCAAGGAUGAGGAAAGUCCUAUAAAUGUUCUUUUUCAUGGUUAUGGUCACUAUGACAUUUUGGAGACUACCCUGGAUCAAAGUCGGGAGAGAGUCAAUGCAUGAAAGCCCUGCAUUCAUAAGACAAAAGACACACUGUUUCAUUGGAUCUAAAAUUUAGUGGGAAAACCUUGAAAUACUUUCAUUUCGACUUCAACAAUUUGCUUACAGGCAUUGGUAAAGCAUUAGUCUUAUUCGAUUUUUGUAGAUUCCAUUGUAGCCGAUCCAAAAUUUUCCAGCAACAAAAUAUCCUUGUACUUAUUCAACAUAGGUUGAGAGGCCACCUUCAUUUUGGAGUAGUGUUCUUUGGGUUUGGCAGAGUCAGAAUUUUUUGUUUUUUUGUCUUUUUCGUCUUUUUUUGUUUUUUUUUUUCAAUAAGGUAAUUUUGUGUACUACCACUACUAGCUAUGUUUGCUGAUUAAUCUUUGAGUUGAUUCUUACAUUUUUAUAUUUGAUGAAGAUUUAUCAUAUGACACAGUCAUAGUCUUGUAUAUGUAUGCAAAUUGUUGUAGAGGCUGGCAUCUGUCCA